CUGGCUGCCAAAGAAAUUGGAGUCAAACACCAGCAGUGUGUGAGAGUGUGUGUGUGAGUGUGAGUGUGAGUGUGUGUGAAGCAUAGGACAUUAUAUUACCUAAAAAAAACUCUUGUAAAGAUGCACCCGGUCAGAGUGUCGAUCCCGUCGUUUCGUUCAGAAACCAACUCGAUCGAGAAAGGGUACACGGUCUUUAGAAUUGACGUGCUGAUGAAUGGCAGACAACACGCUGUUGAGAAACGCUACAGUGAAUUCCACGCUUUGCAUAAAAUGCUAAAGAAGAGCAUAAAGCCACCUGAGAUCCCUUCCAAACAUGUUAGAAACUGGGUUCCCAAAGUGCUGGAGCAGAGGAGGCAAGGCCUGGAGCUCUACCUGCAGACUAUAAUUAUGGAAAAUGGAGUUCUUCCAAAGAUAUUCUUGGAUUUCCUCAAUAUCCGCCAUUUUCCUUCAGUGCCAAAAACAGAAAGCUGUGGGUCGUUUGAUACAGAAUCAGAGGAAUCGAGUAAACUUUCACAUCAGCCAGUCUUGCUGUUUCUGAGAGACCCCUACCUGCUGCCAACCGCUCACGAUGCAUUUUCAAAUGUCGUGAUUGAAGGUGUGGUCCACGGAAUUUUCUACCCAGAUCUUCAACCGAGGUAGAGCUGCGGAGCCGUCUCUGAGGGCACGUCACUACGAACGGAUGCUUCAUGUUCGCACACCGUGUUAGGUGUGCACCACGGAGGAUGUGACAUGUGGAGAUGCACUGAGCCUCAUUUACAUUUAGCAAAGCAUAAAACAAAAAUCCAUACAUUUAGGUUCUUUUCUUUCGAUAAAUAACUGGCACCAGCACCAUCGGUUGUUCCUAAAAUAAGCAAUAUUACCCCGUGUGGAUUUCUCAGCUAUAAAAUGUAAGCAUAUAUGAAACAGUGACAGGUUAUUUUUAGUAAGCUGAUAAACUUCUUUUUUUUCUUCCUUAUUUCUUAAGAAAGAAUUGAGUGAGAUGUACAGGAUCAGCUGGAAAUAGAGAGAAGAGGAAGCUCAAAGUAGAGAGAAGUUUGAAAGCUUUUAGUAAGUGAAUACCAGAAGUUGAAACUGAGGGGAACCAGAAAGGAAACGCUGAUGCCAGCUGGACUGAAGGUUAGUUUGCCAGACACGGAGGGGCCCUGUAAAGACGAAGCACAUGCAGGGCUGCAGUGAGGAGCUGGAUCGUGGCCUGCAAACAGCGAUGUGUUCCCUCCCCUUGUAGCACCAGUACUGUGGUUUGUGAACAUUGAGCCAUCUGAGGGGGGAGCGUGGAACAAUGUAGAGCGUGUUUGUGCAUUCUGGUGGAGUUGACGGCUAUGUGCCACAUGUAAGGGUGGAGAUGAUUUGAGUUGUGAUGUGGACCUCAUUUGUUGAGCAUACGAUGUUUGUGAAGGAGCGGCUCAGUCUGGAGCUCCAGGUUUUCGGCACAAAGCCUAUUUGAAAUGUAACCACGACAGACAGACCCCCAGAUUCUUUUUUUUUUUUUUAUUUUCAGACUUUAUCCGAUUCGGCGCAGCUCCCUCUGGAGCAACAAAAGGCUCAAUACACAUUUUUCACAUACACAGUAGUACUCUGCGAGACCUGUAUACAGACUUUGGUGUGUAAAAUAAGUGGCGUUCCCCUUUAAGAGAGGAUUAGGGCAAACUCGAGGGUACUUCUCCAUUUAUUAUUCACUUGCACUUCAAAAAAUGUUUUUACGAAAGAUGCAACGAUGAGAUACGAGGACUGAUAGCUGACCGUAAAGCAGGAGAAUGAGCUGGUUUGUCCCACAGCACAUGCAAAAUGUAAGUACUAGUCUAAUAGGAGUAAAAGUAUUCUGAUAACACUUAAAGGCCACUAUCUAACACUAAUGCCAGUCCUGUUAAGUUUAAUGUUGAAUUUACACAUAAUCUAGAAAGCCAGUUUUUCCACUUGUGGUGAUUAGAAGUCUAGUCACCCAUCAUGAAAAGGGAAGCAAAGUGUGCUUUGUUUUACAGAGGAUUUUUAAAAUGAGAGAUGGUGAUUUAAAAGACUACCAACCAGUAAAACACUGUGCAAUAUGUCACUAAAAUACAGGUUGUCUUUACAAACCUCUCCCGAUGUGUACUCUUGAAGAUACUUGCAGCGUUUGAAGUAGUUGGUGACACUUGUCCGGCCAGAGUUUUCUUAUGUGACUGAACCUCCAGUGGUGACAACUACAUAUUUAUACUGAAUCAAAUGAAUCCUGAGCAAUUAACCUCAACUAAACAGAUCAUGAGUUUAUGUUUUAACAGAGUAAAUCACUUCCUAGGGGAUCCAUCUCAUAGAUUUAUAUUUAUUUAUAUUUUUCAACAUUGUACUGUUUGUGCUCUUGAACAUGUGAAAAGUGUCAUUUAUGUGCCAUAACGUCAACCUACAGUGAACACUGGAAUUCAACUGUAGCACUUUAAGAUGGGCGAAAUGUUAAAUACUGACACCAAUAAAAUUCAUCAUUGCCACUAA